AUGGACCCUUCUUCAUCUCGUUGGUGGAACACCUUCCUCGUCACCCUCUUCAUCACCGUCGCUGCUCGGUGCGGCUACGAGGAGCUCUCGAAGACUACUACUCAGUGCCGCCAUAAGAUGGAGAAGCUUCGCGAGCGCUACCACUCAGACAAGAAACGUUCGUCUCUCUCUCUUUGGCCUUACUUCAACCUCAUGGAACGGAUGAAAUUUGGGCCAUUCCCGAUCGGGGCCCUUCCCAUUGUCGCCAUCGAUCUGCAUCGUAACAGAGACGAUGACUAUGAAGAUGAUGAUGACGGAGACGGAGACGAAGACGAUGACGAUGAUGACGACGACGAAGCUAAUAAAUCUCGAAGCAUCAAUCACAUACUUCGCCGACCACUAAUGGCCUCACCGUAUCCUCAGCAGUGGAAUGAUGGUGGUCAUGGCGGUGGAGUAGCAGGGCCUCCUGGGGCUUCUAGGUUCUUAAGGAAUCCGAUGCUUCACAAGAGAAAAUCUUUUGGGAUGGAUGAGGAGGGGGAGGAGGAAGAGGGAGUUGACCCGAUUUCAGAAUUGGCUUCGUGGUUAGAGCAUUUGGGGAAGGGUUUGUUCGGAUAUAGAAUAUGA